GGCGGCGCGAGGCUCGGGGGAGCUCGGGUCCAGCCGCCCCUUGUCCGCCGCCGCUGCCGCCGCGUUCAGUCUGGGCUGGAGGGCAGUCCGGAGGGAGGGACGGAGGAGCGCUCGGCCCGCCUCCUACUCAUCCUUGCUCCAGUGUGUGCGCGGCUGUCGGAGGCCUGGCCGUGCUGAGGGGCGGUGGCGAGAGCGCCGGCCGACGCUGGGAUUGCCCCGGGCCCCCACCCCCCCAAGACCCCUAACCCCCUCCUGGCCCAUUCUUUGUGUCCGGAUUGCUCGCUCGCUGGCCCCCUGUCAGGCCGCAGUCAUGUGGGUCUUCUCUGAGUUCAUCCCGCCGCCCGAGUGUCCGGUGUUCGAACCCAGCUGGGAGGAAUUCAAUGAGCCGCUCGCCUACAUCAACAAGAUCAGGCCCAUCGCCCAGAGGAGCGGUAUCUGCAAAAUACGCCCGCCUAAGGACUGGCAACCGCCUUUUGCUUGUGAGGUGAAAAAUUUUCACUUCACACCAAGAAUUCAACGACUCAAUGAGCUGGAGGCACAGACCCGGGUGAAGUUGAACUUUCUAGAUCAUAUUUCAAAAUUCUGGGAACUGCAGGGAUCCACUCUGAAAAUCCCACAUGUUGAGAGGAAAAUGUUGGAUUUGUACACACUCAGUAAGGUCGUUGCAAGUGAGGGUGGAUUUGACCUGGUAUGUAAAGAAAAAAAAUGGGCUAAAGUGGCCAGUCGGAUGAGCUACCCCCAAGGAAAGGGCAUCGGCUCACUUUUACGAUCCCACUAUGAGAGGAUUUUAUAUCCAUACGAAUUGUUUCAGUCAGGUGCCAGUCUACUGACUCCUGGAAAUGCGUCUGUGCGAAUCUUCCCUGACUCUGUGAAAACCUUGAAUCAGGGUGAUUCUUCUGAAGAUGAUUUUGCCAAAAACCCAGAGCUGAGGAAGCUUCAGAUCUUCGGUGCUGGUCCCAAAAUGUUGGGCCUUGGACUUAGGAUGAAGGAUAGAGAGGAUGAAGAGUUCUCAGUGAAAUCAAUGGGACAUAAGAAGAGUGCAGAGUCACAAUUGCCUCGCAUGCAGAUGAGACAGCGGAAAGGAGCAUUGGCUGUAAACUUUAUUGACUUGUAUGUUUGCCUUGUAUGUGCACGUGGCGAUGAUGAAGACCGCUUGCUUUUAUGUGAUGGAUGUGAUGACAGUUACCACACUUUUUGUCUCAUUCCCCCCCUCAUGGAUGUGCCGAAGGGAGAUUGGAGAUGUCCCAAGUGUGUGGCUGAGGCAUGCAGUAAGCCACCAGAGGCAUUUGGCUUUGAGCAGGCAGUCAGGGAGUACACUCUCCAGAGCUUUGGUGAGAUGGCAGAUAACUUCAAGUCAGAUUACUUCAACAUGCCAGUACAUAUGGUCCCAACAGAGCUAGUGGAGAAGGAAUUCUGGCGACUUGUCAGUAGCAUUGAGGAGGAUGUUAUUGUGGAGUAUGGUGCCGACAUCACAUCAAAGGAAUUUGGCAGUGGAUUCCCAGUUAAGGAGACCAAAAGGAGGCUGCUUCCUGAAGAGGAGGAAUAUGCUAAUUCUGGUUGGAACUUGAACAACAUGCCGGUCUUGGAGCAGUCCGUAUUGACGCACAUCAACGCUGACAUCUCUGGAAUGAAGGUCCCUUGGCUCUACGUGGGGAUGUGCUUCUCUUCAUUCUGCUGGCAUAUCGAAGACCACUGGAGCUACUCUAUUAACUUUCUGCACUGGGGUGAACCAAAGACAUGGUAUGGGGUACCUGGAUAUGCUGCUGAACAACUUGAGCUUGUCAUGAGGAAGCUGGCUCCAGAGCUCUUCCAUUCUCAGCCAGAUUUACUGCAUCAGCUAGUGACCAUUAUGAAUCCUAAUAUUUUGAUGGAGCACGGUGUUCCAGUGUUCCGAACAAAUCAAUGUGCUGGUGAGUUUGUGGUUACUUUCCCAAGAGCUUAUCACAGUGGAUUCAACCAGGGAUACAACUUUGCAGAAGCAGUGAAUUUCUGUACUGCAGACUGGCUCCCCAUGGGUCGGCAAUGUGUCAGCCAUUAUCGGCGCCUGCACCGUUACUGCGUGUUUUCACAUGAAGAGUUGAUCUGCAAGAUGGCAGCUGAUCCGGAGGGUUUGGAUGUUGAGCUGGCUGCUGCUGUCUACAAAGAGAUGCUGACCAUGAUUGAGGAAGAGAGGCAAUUGAGGAAGACUGUCUUCCAAAUGGGUGUGGUUGAUUCUGAACAAGAGGCAUUUGAGUUGUUGCCUGAUGAUGAACGGCAGUGCGAGACGUGUAAGACAACCUGUUUCCUGUCUGCUGUUACGUGCGUCUGUGACCCCAGUAGGCUCGUGUGCCUUUAUCAUGUUAAAGAUCUUUGCAACUGCCCAAUGAAAAAGCUCUGUCUCAGGUAUCGUUAUACACUGGAUGAGCUACCUUCUAUGCUUUAUGGUGUGAAAGAGCGAGCCCAGUCUUAUGACACCUGGGUGAGUAAAGUGAGAGAAGCCUUGGAAGCGGAACUUAAUCACAAGAAAGAUCUUUCUGAACUGAAAGCUCGGCUAGAAGAAGCAGAAGAGAAGAAAUUCCCUGAGAAUGACCUGCUGCGACAGCUACGGGCUGCUGUCAAAGAAGCAGAAACUUGUGCUUCUAUCGCCCAAUUACUUGUCAGCAGAAAGCAGCGCAGCAGACCUAAACCAGAAGGUGGAAAAACUCGAACAAAGCUAACUGUUCAUGAGUUGAAAGCAUUUGUGCACCAGUUGUACAGCCUGCCUUGUGUCAUCAGCCAAACUCGACUGGUUAAGGAACUGCUGGACAGUGUCGAAGAAUUCAAUGAACGAGGCAAGGAAGCUUUAUCAGAUAAAAUUCCUGAUUCCUCUAAGUUGCAACUGUUAAUAGAACUGGGUUCUGAAUUGGACGUGGAGUUGCAAGAACUCCCCAAGCUGAAACAACAUCUCCAGCAGGCUCGUUGGCUUGAUGAAGUUAACCUCACCCUUUCAGACCCUGAUAGAGUCACACUGGACACAAUGAAGAAGCUUAUAGACUCUGGCAUUGCUCUGGCACCUCAUCCUGCAGUAGAAAAGGCAAUGGCUAAUUUACAGGAGCUCUUGACGGUAUCUGAACGGUGGGAAGAGAAGGCCAAGGUCUGUCUACAAGCCAGGCCAAGACAUGGUAUGGCAACGCUGGAUGGUAUUAUAAAUGAAGCAAAGAAUAUUCCUGCAUAUCUGCCGAAUGUCCUGGUUCUUAAGGAAGCUCUGCAGAAAGCCAAAGACUGGAUGGCAAAAGUGGAAGUUAUACAGAAGGGAUCUUGCAAUGCCUAUUUGGAUCAGCUGGAAAGUCUGCUAGCAAAAGGUCGCCCCAUCCCAGUACGGCUUGAUCCCCUUCCUCAAGUGGAGUCCCAAGUAACUGCUGCUCGUGCCUGGAGAGAACGAACUGCGAGAACCUUCCUGAAGAAGAACUCUACCUACACGUUAUUACAGGUGCUGAGUCCCAGGACAAAUAUCGGAAUAUACAGUAGUGGGAAGAAUAAACGGAAAAAAAUGAAAGCAUUAGUGAAAGACAGAGAGCUAGAUUUGGAAAGCAUAAGUGACUUGGAAGAGGUGACUGAACAAUCCAGUGAUCCAAAUGCAGUUAUUGCAAGCUUCCGAGUAAUGGAACAGAAAGAAUGUGAAGCCAUGCAUUCUCUGAGGGCAGCAAAUUUAGCUAAAAUGACAUUGGUGGACCGUAUCGAAGAGGUGAAGUUCUGUGUAUGUCGGAAGAUAGCCAGUGGGUUUAUGCUUCAGUGUGAACUUUGUAAAGACUGGUUUCACAGCACUUGUGUUACACUUCCAAAAACUGGCACACAGAAGAAAGGACUAGGUUGGCAAACUAAAGAAGUGAAGUUCUUGUGUCCAUUGUGCAUGCGAUCCCGACGACCAAGACUUGAGACCAUCUUGUCACUCCUUGUUUCCCUUCAGAAGCUUUCAGUUCGUUUGCCAGAAGGAGAUGCUUUGCAAUGCUUGACAGAGAGAGCAAUGAGUUGGCAAGACCGAGCUAGACAAGCCCUAGCUACAGAGGAACUGUCUUCUGCACUUGCCAAGUUGUCUGUAUUAAGCCAGCGCAUGGUGGAGCAGGCAGCUAGGGAAAAGACAGAGAAGAUUAUUAGUGCUGAAUUGCAAAAGGCAGCAGCUAAUCCAGAUUUACAGGAACAUUUACAGAGUGUUCAGCAGUCUGCCUUCAGCAGGGCCAUGGGGAAUCUGGCAUCCUCACCCAGAAAAUCUCUUGAUUUAGAUGAGGAGGAAACAGACUCUGAUGAUGAUGUCAGGGAAGCAUAUUGCUAUGAGAAAAAAGAUGGUGCAAGCAGCGUGUCCUCUGGUAGCAUGGAGCCAAACCUGUUCUGUGAUGAAGAAAUUCCAAUAAAAGCAGAGGAAGUGGUGUCACAUGUGUGGCCAGCUGCACCUUCUUUCUGUGCAGAACAUGCUUAUUCUUCAGCAUCAAAGUCCUGUUCACAAGGUUCUGGAACUCCUCGGAAGCAGCCCCGUAAGACACCACUGGUGCCACGCAGCUUGGAACCACCUGUGCUGGAGUUAUCACACAGUGCAAAAGUUCAGCUUGAGGAGUUAAUGAUGGUGGGAGAUCUUCUGGAAGUGUCCCUGGAUGAGACGCAGCAUAUUUGGAGAAUACUGCAGGCUACACACCUUCCUGCAGAGGACAGAUUUCUGCAGAUAGUGGAGGAUGAUGGCCCAGAGGAAAAAGCCAUCCGAAUUAAAGUCAAGGAUUCUUCUGAGAAAAAGCGAAAGCGGAAACUGGAAAAAACUGAACUGAUCUUGGGUGAGAGCAAGAAGUUAAAGGAGCUUAGAAAGUUUGACAAGCCCAAAAAGAAAAAGCUAAAGCUGAACCCUGAGAAAACAAAGGAACAGAACAAACUAGUGAAGAAAUUGGGCAAAGAAGAAAAAGACAGAGAGAAGAAGAGAAAAGAGAAGUCUAAAGAGAAUACAGAGAAAAUCUUAGAAAAGAAAGAAAAGAAAUUGAUUUUACCGGCUCGAGAGGAUUGGUCUGCAGCAGAGGAGUCGGAGGAUGAAAAUGCAGUUUGUGCUGCUUUGAAUUGUCAGCGUCCCUGUGGAGAAGAGGUUGACUGGGUGCAGUGCGAUGGAGGCUGUGACGAAUGGUUCCAUCAGGUCUGUGUGGGUGUCUCAUCCGAGAUGGCAGAGAAUGAGGAUUACAUCUGUACCACAUGUGCCAGGCAAGUGCCUCCUGGCAUCAGAACAGCUGAGCUGGCUGGAACAUAUACAGGCACGUCGUUCUUGGAAGAUUCAAAGGACAGCAGCUAGUCCAUGCCUUUUAUGGGAAGAACUUUCAAGCUUUCAGAUUGAAACAGGACUCCAGUCAGAACUGACAUGAACAGAAAUCCCUCGCAGCCUGCCUUUUUAACGAGGGAAACAGAACAUAUGGUUAAGGUUGGGGUUGUAAAACUGCAGUCAGAAACAUCUUGUACACUACAUAGUGCUUGGAAAAAUGCCUGUUUGGAUUUGGGGGAUCUGAGGGAGUGAAAUGAGGGGAGGAAUAGUUGCAGGAAAAGGGAAGUUGAAAUAGUGAGGGGAGCCACAGUGACUUCUAUAAUAUAUCCCCAUCAGGCAUGCACAAGUUCAUCUCCAGCUCAAGCAAGAAGGCAAGAAUUUAAUUAGUUUCAAGUCCUCUUUUGUUAACUAUUUUUAAUUAUAUUUGGGUUUGAAGUUGGACUUUGAAUUUUUCAUACUUUGAGCUUUAAAGCAGGCCCUUUAUUUAAAAGUGUAGGACAUCUCGCAGUUUAGUGUUGGCAGCUCUUAAUGACUGUAAAUGACUCUUCUGUACAUCUUGGGCUUUGUAUUGGAUAACCAAGUAGAUAUUAUACGUACAGAGUGCCCUUGUUGAACAAGGGACCAACAAUACCUCGAAAUAGUUCACAGGUGAGAUCACAGUUAAUGGCAUACAUGCACCAAUUAUGCCUUCUGACCCAGCUAAACUAAAGAGGACAAACACAUUCUUCCUAAUUUCAGUGAUUUUAAGUAUUUAUGCUUGUUUUGCUGUAAAAUACUAAGCUGUAAAACUUUGUGUCAAUGUUUCCCUGUUUUUAUUUAUCAAUUUUUCCAUAUGAAUUUAUUUGGCAGGGUGGAGAAUAUCAGUUUUUCUGCUGAUGUAAUGUGUAGCAGGAUAUAACUUUUAUCUAAGUCUGAGGAUUAAUCACUUGUUGCAAUUUAAAACUAAUACAACAACUAUAAAACUG